AGUGUGCGUGUUUUAUUGUUGACUUCACAUGUGUUUUUCUUUUUGCUAGCGCGUUUGUUUUUGAUAAGAAUUCCGAACAAAAUAUUGUUAAAUUAUAUUGAAAUUAUGAAAAAAGUACCUCAUGUGUGAAUCAAUAAAUGGCUAAAAUGAAAGGACAAGCAGAUCUAAUCUCUUGGCUUAGUAGACCACAUUUGGAUGACUUGGGGCGGCUAAAGUUAUCCAUUAAAGUCUGGAAUUCCAUAGACUACCCAAAUCUAUCAAAGCACGAGAUAUUAGUCAGGUAUUUCUGUAGUAAAUUGCCAGAUUUAUGUCACUUGGGAGAGAAUCUGAGUCCGGAUACUGAGGAUUUUGUAAAUUUGUGGGAGACAAUUCGGGAGUUUAUAGAGCUUGAGCACCCUAUUGGGGCUGUGACAUCAGAGACAAAAUCUCAAUUGAUAGAGGCACUUGUGGAAAAUUUAGUAAAAUUGGAUAUAAAGGUAUUGUCGGUUUUAAAGGCUACCACAGAGAAUACUUCCUUUGGAAGCUUCUUCAGCAGCAAUGUUUUGGUUUAUGGGAAGCUAAUGCGUAGGUAUUUGAUUUCCUGGAGGCUCAUUUUAGAAGGCAAAUGCCCCACGAAAGAGUCACAGAAAGGAAUCACUGAUGAUUUACUGAACAAUCUUAAGACUUUUGCACAAUUUCAAGCCAAUAAUUUGGCUUUCAGGAAGAUUUAUCUUGAACACAUUCAUCAGCCACUCACAGAAUUGGUCAUUUUUCUCAUGAGGUCUCAGAUUGAUUGCAAAAGAUUCCUUUUUGGAGUAAUCCGGGAAAUAUUUUUCAGUGAUGACUCAGUAAAAUGGUACAAAACGCAUUUUGAGACUUCUGACAAAGUGUUGGAUGUUCCUGAAAAUUAUCUAAUGUUCAAGGAUGACUGUUUACAUGUCUCACUGAUGAAUAUUGAAGGAUUUUUAUUUACUUUCCAUGGGAAUAAUGGUCUGUGCACCAUCUUCGUUGACUACCUCUUCCGAGAUGUUUUUGUUCCGGGAAAAAUGGAAUUUACAGAUCUUGUGUUGGGAAUCAAUCAUACCUUGAUGCUACUCAAGACUUACAAUAUCAAGUUAUCUUCUGGACAUGGGGAUUUUUAUCAAAAGAUUCGUGAGAUUCUCCUGAAAAUUGUUGAGGAAUUUGCAGAGAAUAACACAGGAGAUUGUUUAAUACUUGUUUUGCGAACUAUGCAGCUGAAUCCAUUGAUUUUUAUCGAUCAUCUCCCUUUUCUAAUCCUUAAAUUUCUUUUCUUGCCAAAAAAUGAUGAAAUCAUGCAGAUUUUUAGUGAGUUUUUUGCUUUUUGUCUGGAAACAUUUCACAAAUUGAGUCGUUUUGAUAAGAGUCUCAGUAAAUUGCUUGAGGCCAUUCAUUCUGCUGUAAUUACAAUGGAAUUUCCGAAGAAAUUAAAGAGGAAGCUCAAAAAGCCUGAGCCUUCUACCAAAAGGCAAAAAAUCAACGAAAACGGUGCUUUUUUGGAAAUUCUCACGGAAAAAGAUUGCGUGAAGCACAAGAAGAUUGGCAAAAGUGAGAGUGAGGCUUGGUCAGAGAUUUCAUUUGCAUGGUCUGAGGAGAUAUCUCGAAGAUUCUCCAGGAUAAUUCUAUCUUUGAUGCCAAAUGCCAGUUUAAUUGUCUGGAAGAGCCUUAUAUACAGUGUUCUAAAUGCAUUGGAUUGUGCAAAAGAUCGCCAAUUUGAUGAGAAUUCUCUAUUCUAUUUAGAAUUCACAUGCAAAAUGCUCUGUGCAUACUUUCAAGGGUCUCGGCUUUUGGAGAAGCCUGAUAAUAUUUUGAAAAAAAUUGACGAAAGACGAAUUUUAAUGAAUGAUUUAUUAAAUAAAUUCCUCGAAAUUCUCGAUGCACAGGAAGGUAAUUUGAGACCACUUAAAUCAUUCUUGGAACUUUACUCUGGAAUUUUGGACUUUGAUAUGGCCCUGGUGGUUUAUCGGCCAGAUUUUGUACAUGAGAAUCAUUCGGGCAAUCUUGGAAAAGUAGAUUAUUUAAAGGUGAAUACUUGGAUUGAUAAUCAGAACAAAAUGAUUGAUGAUACAGAUAUUAGGGAUCUGUUUUGUUCUCUCCAAUUGAAACGGUUAAAAUUGAGGACUAUUGAAAAUAAGCAUCAAGAAAAGGCUUUAGAGAAUUUGCCAGGAAUUCUCCAAGAUGUAACUAUUUUUAGGAGAAUGGCAGUGAACUUGAAAGAUUACUUCUGGAUUACAAAGUCACUGUCCAGAAAAGGCAAAAUCACACUAGCCCAAAUGAUAGUUGAAAAAUUGGAUACUUUGUAUUAUCCAAAGAUUUUGGACAUUUUUGAAGAUGAAGAAUUCCUAAUAGUUUUUCUUCUUGUCACUUUUCAAGUGAUUUCUCAAAAAAUCAAUGCAAAAAAAUCCCCAUUCUGCAAGAUAAACUUCUCUGAAUUAAUGUCUGGAGAUACUUUUGAUGAUAUCCCCAAAGAAAUUCUCACUCAAGUGAAGCCGGUGAAUUUGAAAGGGAAAUUAUCUCAUGAUCAGGAGGAUCUCAAAGAUGCACUUGAUAAAUUGAAAAAUGUUCCAAUUGGAUUUCUCUGCAAAGAAGAAAAGAAUAAGUGUAUAUUCUUUCUCUUGCUAUUACAACACACUUUAAUAGAUUUUGUGGACUUGGAAAAAUCUUUACUGGACAUCUUGGUAAAUCUCACGGAAUUGGGCAAUGAAAUUAGUAUUUUUGGAUACAUUUCAGUCGGUAAAGUCAUAGAAAUGUUCCCGAAUGUUGAGAAACAGAGAAAAUUGUAUGAUAUUCUUUUUGCCGCAGCAAUAAAAUGGCAAAGUGAAGAUAAUAUAAAGAGUUUUACUGAACUAGUGACUAUUUUGGAGAUUGGUGAUUCUCCUCUGAACAGACAUUUAUCCAUGAUAGCAGUGGAAAAUUUUUCAAAAUACAGAAAAUUUCACAAAUUCGAAAAAGAGACCAUUAACCUUCGGUCGAAGCUAAGUCUUCUAGCUCUGAAGUCCUUUAAAAAUGUUGAGAACAUUGAUGGAUACCUUUCUGCCUUUGUAGCAACCCUCAGGAUAUUUUUCACUGGUAAAGAAAAUUUAUCAAAAACCCACGAGGAUCUGGGAAAGAUCAGUUUAAAAUUUAUCAAUCACUCCAUUCGCAAGAGUCAGUUAGGGGAUCUCUUGAAGAUUGUUGUCGAUAAUAGGGAAUUAUUGGGUAUUUCACAUGAAAUCCUCAUGUUGACUGUAAUGGAUUUCUGGCAACAGAUGAGACAGACAAAAGAGAUAACAUCAAAAAAUUCAGAAAUUGCAAACAUAAUCCUGACUCUCUCCAAACCUGAGGAAUUUGCCAAUGUACUGAGGAUCUUGAAGGAUGAGAUUAAAACGGAAAAUGCUCUCCACACUUGUCAAAUCCUGCAGAGUUUUGGUCUUUGCAAUAUGAAUGAAGAGCAAGCAAAAAUUUUUUCAACAUUUUACAAAGAUAUUAUAGGGAUCAUAUCGGACGUAUGCUCAACAUUUUCCAAAGGAGAAUCAAUGGAAUUAAUUUUGGACAUUCUUAAGUCGCACACAAUUUACGUAAAAAACACGAAAAUCCCACUGCCAAACUCUUUUUUCCACAACAUUCUGACUUUUCUCGUGGAAAUCAACUUGAAGCAACUUAAGCUGAAUAUUAAGGACUUCUCGCGACUUCAUUUGCAAAUGACUGAGUUUUGUCAUGCUGUAAAUCAACACAGGUCAUCAUGUUUGAGAUUUACCAUGCCACAGUUUGUGUACAUUUUCAAGGAUCUCAUCCAUGGAAUCUGUGGAUAUCGAAGUGACAGGAGCAAAAAUGAGAAACUGGAUCAGGAAGAAAUUGACAUUCUCACCCAAUUGGCUCACAAACUUGAAUUGAUGAUUGCAUUUAUGGCUUCUAAGAAUAAAAAAUCCAAGAGAGUCGCUCCUUUCAUGCUGAUAUUUGUUAUUAACGAAAUGAUCUACAAUCAGAACUCUACAAGCGUCUAUCCCAGUAUCAAAACGCACAUUAACAAUAUAUGCUACUCGUUGAUUGCCAUGUGUGAUGCCAACUAUGGUCAAUUCAUUUUAAGGAGUUGCUCGGAAUCUUCCCGGAAUGUGUAUAAAACAUUACUAAGUGACUAUACAAAAUACUACAAGUUCCAAGGGAAAAUAUGAAGAUUGUGCCCAACCAAAUGCUGUUCUAGCAAUCCACGCUCUGGAUAUGCCAUCUGGCACUCGGGACAGCAAAAGAGUGUACUGCCAUCCAGAGCCGUCGUGAGACGAAUUUCACCUGGCUUAGGACGUGGUUUCUUUUCCUAAAAUAAAAAUAUAAUGUAAGUUAUCUUUAGAAAAUUGAGUUCGAAUUAUAAAAUAUUACUUGAAGAUUA